UAUAAAUAGACCCACGGACUAUGAAGUUCACCACCACCACUUCCCUCUCUAGCUCGAAUACCUAAUAUAUUGGAGAUGGCAGGCAAGUUUAGUUUUGUGAGUGUCAUGGGAGCACUAUUGGUGUUAACCAUAUUCCAUGAUCCGAUCAUCGUCGACGCCGGCCAAGGUGUUCCGGAGGUAGCAUUGUUCACUUUUGGAGACUCUUACUACGACGCUGGAAACAAAGCGUUUCUAAGCAAAAACAAAAACCCUCCACAGACCCUGUGGCCUUACGGCAAGUCCCGCGACGACCCCAACGGCAAGUUUUCAGACGGCUACAUUGUCCCCGACUUUAUCGCUGAAUUCAUGUCCAUUCCAAACGGAAUCCCGCCGGCGCUUAAACCUGGUGCUAAUGUUUCACGUGGAGCUAGCUUUGCCGUUGCCGACGCUUCUAUUCUUGGGGCUCCGGCGGAAUCUAUGACACUGAAUCAACAAGUGAACAAGUUCAGAAGUAUGAUAUCAACAUGGUCCGACGACUACAUCGAGAAAUCAUUGUUCAUGAUAUACAUCGGUACGGAAGAUUAUUUGAACUUCACCAAGACCAAUCCCACUGCUACUGCUUCUGCUCAACAAGCUUUUGUCAUCUCUGAUGGAAUUCCGACAAAACAAGGGUCGUCGGAAUUUUCCGAUGACUUUUCGACGACAUUCCGAUAAAAAAUGUAACCGUUG